UUUUCAGAAAAGAAUGCUUCCAGCUUGGGGAACAUCUACAGAAGCGACAGCAUCUCACGCUGGAUGGGAUGGAGAUGAUGAGGGCGACAUUCGUGCCGCUUAUACGGAGGAUGAGAAGAAGGAGAACAUCCCACCCAUCUCGCUCACCUCUGUGAGCACAAACGGUGCAUAUCCUGGGCAAAAACGAAGGAGAAGUGAGUCUGUCCGCACACUGAAGCCCGAGUGCCCUCCCGAAGAGACGCAGAGAUUGAGACAGCGACGAAGAAUCAGCGCGACUGAUGCGACGCAGAGUUCACGCACAAUGAAUGUCAUCGAGGAUCGAAAACCCCGUGUAAAUAGGGCCAGAAAGUCCCAAGAUGCUCCGUCCACUUCGACUUGCGGUUUUGAAACCCCUGUUGGCACCAAACGAAAAUCGAAGGCUGCCGAUUCUCAGAAGCCGCCGAAACAGUCGAAACUUCGGAAAAUCGAUGAAGCUUCAACGUCAAAAGCUGUCGAUAAUUCGUCAAAAGACGGGAAAAAGACCACGAAGCCAGCUGUAACUCAAAGCAAUCGCAGGAGAUCCGGGUUAAGCUUGAGACCGGUGCCGAUUGAGACUAUUUUCUCCGAGUCUUCUGGAAGGGAGUCGAGCACAGAAGAUGAAGCUGACGUGUCACAUCAACAACGUGUAGAGAAAAUCGCGAAAAAUCCGAUCAUGGUCGUCGUUCUUCCGCUCGGUCCUGGAAACUAUCCGAACAAUGAACGCAUCACUGUUGUCUCUACAUACAAGUCUCGUGUCAAUAAGAAUUGUAACGAAGCGAGAAGAGCACAACGGCAUGGAUCUUGGUCACGUAAAGGCAUCGCAUUCCCCGGGAUUCCGACGAAGAAGUUCACGAAAAGCGAUCUGGCAAAGUAUGGCGCUCACGCGUCGAACUGGCCAGCUCAAGCUGCAUUCAGGAGCGAAGAAGGCAAAAUAUUGAUUUACUACGAAGGAUGGACGUGCCUCACUCUGCACCGAUUAUCAGUUGAAGAAUGUGCAAGAACAGCGCCAACGAUUCUAGAAGAAAUGUCGAUUCGAGACAAGUUCAUCGAAACCGUGAAAUCGGCCGCCGCAGAAGAAGCAAAGCUAGUCGUCGAGAAAAAUCAAGAAAACGGAAUCGAAUUGACACUCGACGAGGCUCUGAAACAGAUUUUCAUCGAGCCCGUGCCACAGAGUAGUCCAGAAAAUGUGUUCUGGAUCUAUCAGGAUCUCAGCUACUUCCACACAAUGGAUAAUAGGGAUUUGGGAUUGGCACCCGUUUUCUAUAUUUCGUCAUACACUCAAUCCGUUCGCCCACCGUGCUACGCGUACACUGCAAUCAACAUCGUCGACGUGGACGCUUACAAAAGAUGUCUUGAAAGCCGUGCUAAUAUGAGUUUCGCCGACUUGACCGGCCAGAAAAUAUGGAUGCCCACGAGAAGUAAAGCGUGCGAGAAUGGGACGAAGUGCAAAUGCGACGCUAGGUUCAUGUUCCUCUACGAUCCCCACGAUGUCACCAAUCUGGAGUGUACACCGGACGGGAAAGUUGACUUCACGGAUUUCAAAAUUGACAAUGCUCGAAUCGUGAUGGAAUGCUCGGACGCGUGUGGCUGCAGUCUGGAUUGCCCACGAAGAUCGCUUCAACGAGGACAGCAGCAUCCACUCGCCGUCUACUAUGAAGGGCCUGAAAAAGGGUUCGGCGUUCGUGCUGCUGCAAACAUCAAGGCUGGAGAACUAGUGUGUGAAUACACUGGAGACGUGACACUGCUGCCGACGUCGGAUCCUGUCGCAAGUUCAUCGACGAAAACGGAUGAUGGCGAGGAACAAGAGAAUCCAGAGGCCCCGGAGAGAGUUGACUCAUCGUACGAUGCUGCGUUCAAUGCGAUGGAUACUAAGAUCAUUAUCAGUGCCAAGAAGACUGGGAAUAUCUCCCGAUUCAUCAAUCACAGCUGUGACCCCAGCUCGGUGUUCGUCGAAGUCUACAGUCGACGAUUCGAAGAAGAUCCACUGAUUCCACGUGUUGCAGUAUAUGCCAUCAAGGACAUCGCUCUAGGAGAAGAGAUAACGAUUGCAUACUACGAGCCCGGUAUCGAGUGGAAACGGUCGAGUGUCAAAUGCCGGUGCAAAUCGACCAAGUGCAUGGGAACCCUUCCUGCAUUCUGAAAGUUUCUCCCCUAUACAUCUUCAUUCUUAAUUCACUGUAUGACAAUUAACUUUUUAAUCUUUUUUUCUGCUUUUUUCCCUGAAGAUCUCCCCUUUUCUUCCGACUUUAUUCAUGUUUCCUCAAUUGCACUCAUUUCAUUAAUUUUUUUCAUUUUUUUUUCCGCUCGAGUUUGUUAUUUUUGCCCAUUUUCUCUUUUUUGUAAAGUUUUUCAUUUUUCUUUUUGAGAUUUGAAAAGAAAAUUGAAUUUCCUGAAAAUAUCACUUUUCCCCCCAAACACACUCAUUUCAUUAACUUUUUUUUCCUUUUUUUUUCUUUUUUACAAUUUUUCUGUUCUAAAAAAUCAUUUUUUGCUCAUUUUUGUAAAGUUUCUAUCCCCCUCAAACACACUCAUUUCAUUAACUUUUUUCUUUUUUACAAUUUUUCCGUUCUAAACAAUCAUUUUUCCGCCCGAGUUAUUUCAGGAAUUUUCGUCCACUACAUUUCAUUAAUUUUCCCUCAAGUCUUUCAUUAACUUUUUUUCCCAAUUUUCUUGUAUUUUUUGCUCAAUUUUUUCAUUUUGGUUAAGUUUUUCUUUUCGUCGAGAUUUGAAAAAAUUUAUAAUACUUUCGCAUAAAACAAAAUAAAAAUAAUUAGGCCAGUGA